AGCCUCCCUGUGGGGGGAGGUUGGAGAGAGAGACACAGAGAGACAGAGACAGGAAGAGAGAAUUCAGUUGCCUUCGGUUUUCCAAAGCGGGCAGCUUGGGGGUUUGUGUGUGUGUUGUUUUCUUUCCUCCGCUCAGGCAGGGAGGCCAGGCCUCCCCUGGAUAAUCCAAGGACUCAGAGGCGAGGCAGGCAAGCCAGUGCAGGGACACGGCUGUGUGCGGACAAGAGUGAGGAGGCAGGAAGGGAAAGGGGGAAGAAGAGAGGUGAGGGGGUGUCUGAGGCGGGAGCCUGAGGCGGUGGGAGGAAGCAGAGCAGCUGUGGUAUUUGGAGCAAGUAUAAAUAACCGCCUGGACGGAGCUUGGCCAAACAGGGCUUUGCAGCUGCAGCGGCUGUGCAGGCGGGACUGGCCACUGUUGGCCACGGUGGGUGCAAACUGGGCAGGGAGACAGGCGGUGGACAGGCAAGGCCCCUGGGCUCUGACCUGACACCCCUCACCAUCACAUCCCUGGAUGCCUUACCGGCCAGCCAUGCUGGUGAGUGGCCUCCUCCUCAUUGUGGCCACCACGACUGUGGCCCAGCGGAGGGGGCAGGAGGCCGGCGGGCGCCGCCGGGCACACCGAGUCCAGCAUGGCCAGUGCAGCUACACCUUCGUGCUGCCCGAGCCUGAGCCCUGCCCGCCUGAGCCCGAGGCCUUCAGGGGCUCCAACAGCCUCCAGAGGGACUCCCCGGCAGCCGCACUGAACCUAGGGGACUGGCCGACCCAGCGGGUACGACAGCUGGAAAAAAUGCUAGAGAACAACACACAGUGGCUGCAGAAGCUAGAAAGGUACAUCCAGAUGAACCUGAGGUUGGAGCUGGCGCAGGCCCAGCAGCACAUGGUCCAGAACCAGACAGCCACCAUGCUGGAGCUGGGCACCAGCCUCCUGAACCAGACCACCGCCCAGACCCGCAAGCUGACCGACGUGGAGGCUCAGGUCCUGAACCAGACAUCGAGAAUGGAGAUCCAGCUUCUGGAGACCUCACUGUCCACCAACAAGCUGGAGAAACAGCUGCUGCUGCAGGACCACGAGCUCCACCGGCUGCAGGGCCACAACAGCGCGCUGGAGACGCGGGUGCAGGCCCUGGAGACGCAGCAGCAGGCGGAGCUGGCCAGCCUCCGCGGCGAGAAGGAGCGGCUGCGGCGCCUGCUGGGCCGCCAGAGCGGCGCCCUCGCCGGCCUUGAGCGCAGCCUGCGCGCCGCCAGCAGCAACUCCAGCCUCCUGCAGCGCCAGCAGAGCCAGCUGCUGGAGUCGGUGCAGCGCCUGGUGCGCGUCGUGGCCCAGGGCCCGGCCUCCAUGAGGGCAGCUGAGCAGGUGUUCCAGGACUGUGCAGAGAUCCAGCGCUCCGGAGCCAAUGCCAGUGGCAUCUACACCAUCCAUGUGGCCAAUGUGACAGAGCCCAGAAAGGUGUUCUGUGACAUGGAGGCCAGUGGAGGUGGGUGGACCCUCAUCCAGCGCCGUGAGAAUGGCAGCAUGAAUUUCCAACGGAACUGGAAGGAUUACAAACAGGGCUUUGGCAACCCAGCCGGGGAGCACUGGUUAGGUAACGAGGUGGUACACCAGCUCACCAGCAGGGCAGCGUACUCUCUGCGCGUGGAGCUGCAAGAUUGGGAAGGCAACGAGGCCUACGCCCAGUAUGAGCACUUCCAGCUGGGCAGCGAGGGGCAGCUGUACAGGCUUUCUCUGAGUGGGUACAGCGGCUCGGCGGGGCGCCAGAGCAGCCUGGUCCUGCAGGGCACCAACUUCAGCACCCGCGACGCAGACAACGACAACUGCCUCUGCAAGUGCGCCCAGAUGCUGUCCGGAGGAUGGUGGUUUGAUGCCUGCGGCCUCUCAAACCUCAAUGGCAUCUACUACCCGGCCCGCCACCACGUGCGCAAGCUCAACGGCAUCCGCUGGCAAUACUUCCAAGGCCCUAGCUACUCGCUGCGCUCUACUCGCAUGAUGGUGCGUCCCACAGACAUCUAAGGAGCAGCCACGCCUGGAGGCUGGUCCCGCAGGAGGACCUGGAUGUGGUAUCCUCUGAACGAGCUGGACCCGAACACUGGACACAACGCCAGGACCUUGUCCUGGACACCCUGGGUCCCCUGAGCCAGCCCUCCUUGCCCCAGGAGUCCAGAAGAGUCACCUCCCUCCCUUUUUCCCUCCAGUUGUGAGAUGGUGGGUGUUUGGGGGUUCCUGCCUCUGCAUUGUCCCUAUUUCCUCUUCUCUCCUGCCUCCUGCAGGGCCCUCUGGCCAGCUUGAGGCUCACAGUACCCUGGAUGAGCUGAGAACAGAUUUAACUGGGCUCCUCAAAGGAAUACACGACUAGUGAUGGGAUGUGAGGCAGGCGGGAAGGUAUUUACAGGCAGGAAACUGCCCAGAUGGAGGCCCAGACUCUGUCCCUGGGUUUUUGGGAAGGCCAUCUCUUGUUCCAAGCUUUCUCAGCCUUGAGAUGUCCUUGAACUUUCUGUUCAGGACUGAAGGAGCUGCAUCCACCCUAUAACGGGAGUUAUUUCCACCCACAUUGUCUACCGCUCCUAGGCCCCAGCAUCUAAAGCUCAGAUGUGGUUUCUCAGGGGCUCUAGGAGAUCUAAGAGGGAUUCCUUUACCCCUUGAAUGUCCUAGAAUAUAUUCCAGGGAGAAUAACUAGGACUCCCCUCUAAAAGUACCUGUGGUCAAGUGAGGGAGGGAAACACCAGGUUAAAUCAACGUGAAC